AUGGCUGUAAAAUUAGACACAGGAGAAGUGGAAUUGCGAGUCGUCUCUGCUUAUGCGCCACAGGUGGGCUCUAGUAAAGAAGAGAAGGCGUGUUUUUGGGAAGAUCUGGAGCAGUACGCCCAAUCCCUGGAAGGCGAGGAAGUACUUCUAAUCGAAGGAGACUUCAACGGACAUGUCGGUUCUCGGAAAGACGGGUUCGAAAGUUGUCAUGGUGGAUGCGGCUAUGGAGCUCGCAGCGACAACGGGUUGCGAAUCCCGGAGUAUGCUGUUGCAAGUGACUUGAUCAUUGCUAACACGCAGUAUCGGAAAAGAACAUCGCAUUCGAUCACGUACACCAGCGGCGGUCGUGAAACACAAAUAGAUUUCUGGAUGUUACGUCGACGAGAUCGCCGACUUCUGCAGGAUUCAAAAGUCAUCCCUACAGACCAUGUCGCUGCCCAACACCAUCUGCUCGUUAUGGACUUGAAAAUCUCCCGUGCAACGAAGAGACAUCCAAGAAUUGAAACACAGCGCAUCAAAUGGUGGAAUCUGAAGAAUCGAAAGGAGGUAUUUUUCGCGUCCGUGGCUCCAUCUACAGUUUUCCACCCUACUCGUAGUGUGGAGGAAAUGUGGUCGUCUACUUCCAGCGUUAUACGCUUGACCGCGGAGAACACUCUGGGAAAGACGACUCUAGGUAAGCCCAAGAAACAAGUACAGUCUUGGAAGGAUCAGCUACAGAAAUAUGGAUUGCGCCUCAACACAUCAAAAACUGAGUACAUGGAGUGCGGACCAAGGAUAGAGGAUGGUUCAAUUCGUGUCGAUGGUACCGAAUUAAACAAGGUGAACUGUUUCAAGUACCUUGGAUCCAAAGUGACUUCCACAGGCGACAUUGAUCAAGAAGGUCGAGCACGUGUUAAUGCGGCAUGGAUGAAAUGGAAAAUGGCAACAGGGCACGGUUGUGCGUCCUGUUGCCCUUUACGGAUGCGAAUGCUGGCCGACGACGAAAGCCUUGGAAAGAGUGUUACACGCUAUGGAGAUGCGGAUGUUAAGGUGGACAAUAGGUGUAACGCUAAAAGAGAAACACUAUCCAACGACACUGUGCGCUCCAUCUUCGGCGUCGUCCCGAUAACUGAGAAGAUGAAGGAGGCUCGACUGAGAUAG